AUGGCAUCGGCAGCGUGCAACAUUGGGGGCUUUCUUACUAGGUUCAAGCCACAUCUGUUGAUGGUUAUUGCACAGUUUGGCUAUACUUUCCAAUACUUUAUCACUGAAGCUUCUUUCAACCAUGGAAUGAAUCCUAACGUGUACAUAACUUACCGACAUAUUGUAUCUGGUGUGGUGAUGUUUCCUUUUGCCUAUUUUCUUGAAAGAAAACAAAGGCCGAAGCUGACGUUUGCUCUUUUCCUAGAGAUAUUCAUUCUCUCUCUUCUGGGGGUGGGUUUAACUCUGAACAUGUACUUUGUAAGCUUGAGAUACACCUCUCCAACUUUUGUUGUAUCAAUGAUGAACACUAUCGCUUCUUUGACAUUCGUAAUUGCAGUUGUGCUCAGGUUGGAGGUUCUUGAUAUUCGAAAUCCUCGUGGGAUGGCAAAAGUUCUUGGGACUUUGAUUUCCUUGGUUGGUGUAAUGACUAUGACAUUAUAUAGAGGUCCUGUUAUGAAACAUCUAUGGCAUCCUUUAAUCCAUAUCCAAGGAAAGACUGGCAACAACCAUGAGAGCUGGUUAAAGGGUUCGAUUCUUACUGUUACAAGCUGCGUAACAUGGUCCGUUUGGUAUAUUAUGCAGGCUUUGACUCUGAAAAGGUAUCCUGCACUACUUUCGCUGACUACAUGGAUGAGCUUUGUGGGGGCUGCACAAUCAGCCGUCUUCACGGUGAUUGUACAUCAUACUCGAGCUGCGUGGACAAUCGGAUUUGACAUCGACUUCUGGUCUACUGUCUAUGGUGGAAUAGUGGUCUCUGGUUUGAUAGUCCUCAUUCAACUGUGGUGCACGGAAGAAAAAGGACCAGUUUUUGUAACCAUGUUCAAUCCCUUUUCUACCAUCUUAGUGGCAGUUCUGGCAUACUUCGUUCUAGGUGAAAAGCUUUACUUGGGCAGCAUACUAGGGGCUGUUGUCGUCAUCGGUGGCUUGUAUUUGCUGUUAUGGGGCAAAGAGGGAGAUCAGCAAGUUCACAGUAAAGAACAAGAACAAUCUCAGUUGGGCUACGAUGAGCAAAAGGAACUUAGGAUACAAAGAGUGUUGUAG